AGUCCUGGGAGUCGUUAAACAGGAAAUAGGCCAAUACUUUUCUCUCUCUACGCCACGUUCUUCUUGGGUAAAGUCUGGAUCAAAUUCUGAGAAGGCUUGACCCCUAACGUAUUCAAAUUUCCAAUUGAAACAGGUUCCAAGUCAUAAAUGGAGUCUGCUUAUUCCCCAAAUUCUCUUUCUUUCUGGGAUUAUCUCAGUCUACUCGUGUUUCGUCCCGUUAUCGCCAUUUCAUUCGUCUUCUCCUUAAUACUCCUUGGUUGGUUUUUGGCGUGGAAGCUAGUCCUGGUUCAUGUUCCUUUAGUCCAAGAGAUCUUCGGUUUGCGCAAAAAGCCCGUAAAACCCAAACCCCCAACGCGUCGACGAUUUUCUCGAUAUUUCAACACCAUCGCUGCUCAAAAUCCGAAUUCUUCGUGGUAGUGAAUGUCACCGUUACACCCAGUAUACUAAUACAGUAUUUCUCUUCAAACUACUGCCUUGGAUUGGGAGGGGAACAAAAUUCUUGGAGUUGGUAAUCUUUGGAUGGAUAAGAGAGAGCUUGAUUUACAGAGUGAACAUAAGUGAGUGUCGAUCGCUGUUUCCCAACAAAGUAACUGAGCUUACAAGUUUAAGAAGGAUGAAGAUUUAGUGAAUGUGCUUGUGUAAAUUUGUUGAUAUCUAGAAACUGUGUUGUAAAAAUUUUACUUACUUGAAAAUAAUCUCUAAACUUUGGUAGAUUGAGCCUUUAUCACUACAGCUAGCAAUGGCCAACGGUAGGUCUGAUUUCUAUUCUUUGUUCUAACCAGGCAAGAAUUUAAUAAAGUGUCAAUUAUUUGGGUA